GAGGAGGCUGUGCGGCACAACGCGGCCAUAGCGAGGCAGCUACUUCGGCACUUGGAGGUGCAGUUUCUGGACACGAGUCGAUGGGAUGCGGAGAUGCAGACCCAUGGCGUGUCCCAGGAGAAUGUCGUGAACCAAGGCUACCGCCGGCUGGUCUUCUCGGCCUUUCGCCCGGAUCUGCCGGAGGAGAUCUUGGUGAAGGGGCCGCUGGAUCCUUUGGCGCCAUGGAAUGUCAUGUGCAAAGGCACCGUGGUGGGGGUCACAGACCAACGCUUCGCGCGGGCGGAGAACAUGAUCUCGGCCCAUGAGCCCUGCUUCGACCCCGCACUCUUCGGGCGGAUGGGCAAGGUCAUGGACUCCUGGGAAUCCGUGCGCCACAACUUCCGCGCCUUCGACGCCUGCGCCGUGGAGCUGCCAGCGGACUCCAGGGCGGCGAAGUGCGGCGUGCGCUUCGUGCAGAUGUCCACGAAGUACCACGACGGGAACGAGGCCCCCUUCGUGAGCAUCGAAGUUGCCGACACCUUCCCGGGCCUUCUCCCGGAGCUCGAUGGCUCCAGCGGCUCGAACGGCGCCAGCGGCUGGCGCACGCUGGUGCCGAAGCUGGCCAUGGGGCCGCACGCUUACCGCCUGCUGGAUCUCGGCACUUCUUCGCCUCCCUUCCGCUUCGUUCGGGUACGCAUGUUCCCGGAUGGGGGCUUUACUCGGCUGGGACUCUACCCGGAAGACUUGCCGGAGGAUCUGGCGCGGAACUUCAAGCCGGUGGACUGGGCGUCGGCGCCGAGCUCGGUGCGCUACACUGACCCCAUCCCCACUGUGACCAAGCCGCUGUGCGCGCCUUUCGUGGCUUUGCCGGAAGAGAUCGCCGAGCGCCUGCGGGCACUGCAGCCGGGGGAAUCCGUGAACGUGGCGAGCGCCGCACUUGGCGCGUGCAUCGUCUCGGCCAGCGACCAGCACUACAGUGCUGCGGCCAACGUGCUCAGCCCGCGGCCGCCGGUGUCGAUGUUCGACGCCUUGGAGUCCAAACGAAGCCGCCAAGGUCUUCCGGGCGCGUCAGCUGACGACAAAGGUGUGGUGCAGCUGGUGGUGAAGUUGGCCUACCCCUGCGUCUUGUCGAAGCUUCGGGUGGACUUCACCUUCCUGGUGAACAACGCGCCCAUGGAGAUGUGCGUUGAGGCCUGCGAGUCGCUGGACGGCGAGUGGUGGAUCUUGGUGGAGCGGCAGCGGGUGAAGCACUUCUCCGGGGGCAAGUGGGAGGUGGCGCUGGACCCAAAGAAGAGCUCUGGGUAUUUGCGGGUGAGCUCCUUCCCCUGCGGCGGCUUCAACCGCUUGGAGGACGCCAAGCUGAUCUGCAAGGCCUGCCGCCCCACCGCGGACGGGCGCUCCAGCUACGACGCCAUGGAGAAGUCCACCAUGGCCUACGUGCGGAAGAACUACAAGUUCACCAAAGCCGGGGACAAGGCUGUGCGCAGCUUCAUCGCAAAGAUGGGGGCGAAGCAAGGUGCGCGGACCAAGGCGAUGAAGGCUGGGCAGGGGAUGUCAUUGAUGGAGGAGAACCAGCGCCUGCAGGAGAAGGUGGAGAUGCAGGCCGGCGCGGAAGCGGAGCAGCUGCGCCGGCUGCUGCGAGAAACCGAGGAGGCUUCUACAGCAGCAGCCACGGGUGAGGCUGAGGCCAGCGCGGAAGCGGAGCAGCUGCGCCGGCUGCUGCGAGAAACCGAGGAUGAAACCGCCACCGCCAUCCGAGCCGCUGUGGGGGACUUGCGAGCAAAGCUGCAGGAAGAGGCAGCUGCAACUGACGCCACCGCUGGGGCCGAGGCACAGCAGAUGCGUGACAGGCUGAGACACGUGGAGGACGAGACCGCGACUGCCAUCAAGGCAGCGGUCGGGGACUUACGCGAGAAGCUGAAGACGGCAGAGGAGGCCUCUGCGGCAGCAUCCAUGGGUCAGGCUGAGGCCAGCGCGGAGACUCAACAGCUGCGCCGCAAGCUGCGAGACACCGAGGAUGAAACCGCCACCGCCAUCCGGGCCGCGGUGGGGGACUUGCGGGCGAAGUUGCAGGAAGAGGCAGCUGCCACCAACGCCACUGCGGGCCAGGCUGAGGCGGCGGCUGCGGCGACGGCUGCGGCGGCGUCUGCGGAGGCUGCGCAGAUGCGCGACAGGCUGAAGCACGUGGAGGACAAAACUGCGGCUGACAUCAGAGAAGCGGUGGGCGAUUUGCGUGCGCGCCUUCAAGAUACAGAGGAACACGCGGCAGCCAGCGAACAUCGAGAGGAGGAGCUCCGCGCCCAGCUGCUUGCGCUGGAGGCAAGCGCCAAAGCCGGGGCCGAGGCAGAGGAAGAGGCGCUACGGCUGAGGACGGUGGAAAGGAGCGCCGAAGAGUCUCAGCAGGAGUGCGAAGACCUCCGUGCGCAACUGCGUGCGAUGGAGGCUGGCGCUAAAGCUGGCGAGGCUGCGGAGGAAGAGGCGCUAAGGCUGAGGACGGUGGAAAGGAGCGCCGAAGAGUCUCAGCAGGAGUGCGAAGACCUCCGUGCGCAACUGCGUGCGAUGGAGGCUGGCGCUAAAGCUGGCGAGGCUGCGGAGGAAGAGGCGCUAAGACUGAGGACGGUGGAAAGGAGCGCCGAAGAGUCUCAGCAGGAGUGCCAAGACCUGCGCGCACAACUGCGUAAGAUGGAGGCGGGCGCAAAAGCUGGCGAGGCUGCGGAGGAAGAGGCGCUAAGGCUGAGGACGGUGGAAAGGAGCGCCGAAGAGUCUCAGCAGGAGUGCCAAGACCUGCGCGCACAACUGCGUAAGAUGGAGGCGGGCGCUAAAGCUGGCGAGGCUGCGGAGGAAGAGGCGCUAAGGCUGAGGACGGUGGAAAGGAGCGCCGAAGAGUCUCAGCAGGAGUGCCAAGACCUGCGCGCACAACUGCGUAAGAUGGAGGCAGGGGCCAAAACCGGGCCCGAUGAGGAAGAGGCGCAGAGGCGGCUGAGGAAGGCGGAAAGGAGCGUCGAAGAGUCUGAGCAGGAAUGCCAAGGGCUUCAGGCACGGCUGCGGCACCGGGAGAAGGCGGAGACGCAGCUGGUGCUGGAGGUGGAAGACCUGCGGAGCCGCCUCAAGAAGGCAUCUGCGCAGGAGGUGGGGCACGUGGGCGUCCAGACGGACACCGAAUCCCACCACGUCACCUUUGAGAAGCGGAAGACGCGGAAGAGCGUGUUCUUCAACACCGAGGGCAAGCAGCCUUUGCCCGGUGGAGUGGACGACGACGAGAAGCCGACAGGGCGGGUGAGGAGCGCGCGCAGCGACCGCAUGAAGUCGGUGGACUUCGGUGGCAAGGACUCCUCGGUGUCCUACGUGCCGGAGUCCUCCGAGGAUGAAGGCGGCAGUGAGGUGCCCGUCUCGGCUUCCACCUCCAUGUUCUCGCAGGUGUCCGAAUACUAUGACACCUACAAUGAGACCUCCCAGCCUGUGCGGAACCGCACGAGGUCUACCAUCGAGAGCUACAGCGAGGAGGACCUUUGGGACCCCGAGCAUGUGGCGAUGGUGACGCGGAAGCUGUUUCCGAAGCACGACAAGAACGGCACCAACCGCAUCGAGUGGAGCUCCGGCGAGGCCAUCGCCUUCUUGGAGGAGUUCUUUUGGCUUCACAAGCAGCCGCCGCCGAAGAUCGCGAAGGCCGCGUUCCACAGCCUCUACUCCCAGGUGAAGACGGAGAAUUCCGGGUACGACUACACGGCGACGGAUGAGGGCCUGAACGUGGAGGAGAUGACCUCGUUCGCGAUGAAGGUACACCAGUUCAUCUACAAGCAGCUGGGCAAGGAGAUGCGGGAGCAGCGAAAGAGCUUCGCCGUGAGCGAGGAGGACAUGAAAACCUUGCACCGCGCAUCUGUGGAGAUGGCCCUGGGCGAGGACGCGACCUCUGUCCUUGCGCGGAUGACACGGAGAACGACCAUUGUGGCGCCGCCGGACACCUCCUUGCUGGGCUGAGACGGAGAUCCGGUGCGCAAGUGGGUCGCGUUUGGUGCACCCGAGAACUUGCCUGAAACAAACCAGCUAUGGGUUGUGGGUUCCUCCGAUCUGCU